AUGCCUUCGGAACAAGGACACCGCCUCUACGUCAAGGGACGUCACCUGAGCUUCCAGCGCUCCAAGCACGCCCUGACUCCCAACACCAGCUUGGUCAAGAUCGAGGGUGUUGAUGACACCAAGUCCGCCAAGUUCUACCUCGGCAAGAAGGUCGCUUUCGUUUACCGUGCUAAGCGUGAGGUCCGCGGCUCCAACAUUCGGGUGAUCUGGGGCAAGGUCACCCGGCCGCACGGCAACUCCGGUGUUGUGCGCGCCAAGUUCCGCAACAACCUCCCCCCCAAGUCCCUCGGCGCUACCGUCCGCGUUAUGCUCUACCCCUCCAACAUCUAA